AUGGAAGAAAUUAUCAACCUGAAUGAAACCACACAGAGCCAGGUGACUGAAUUCAUUCUCAUGGGCAUCACAAACCGUCCUGAGCUAAAGGGCCCCCUCUUUCUUUUGUUUUUCAUCAACUAUGUGGCCAUUGUUGUGGGGAACUUGGGAUUAAUCAUCAUAACAAGUGUUGAUUCCCACUUACAAUCUCCCAUGUACUUUUUCCUAAAGCAUUUGGCAUUUGUUGAUCUUGGCUAUUCCACAGCUAUUGGACCAAAAAUGCUAGUUGGAUUCAUAGAGGAGAAAAACACCAUUUCUACUAAUGGAUGUGCAACGCAGCUAGUUUUCUUUGUGAUAUUUAUCGCCAGUGAACUUUUUAUCCUGUCAGCCAUGGCUUAUGACCGCUAUGUUGCUAUCUGUAAGCCCCUCCAUUAUAUGGUCAUUAUGUCAGACAGGGUUUGUUGGCUCUUGGUGACUAUCUCAUAUCUCUAUAGCAUCGUGGUAUCACUACUGAUAACAAUAAAGCUUUUUAAGUCAUCUUUCUGUAAAUCAAAUGUAAUACAACACUUCUACUGUGAUGGUCUCCCCAUAUUGUCCACUAUAUGCUCAGACACGAGUGAGAUUGAACAAAUCAUUAUGAUCUUUGCUGCAUUUAAUUUGGUGUCUUCCCUCAUGAUUAUCCUUAUCUCCUAUGUGUUUAUUCUUGUGACCAUACUCAGGAUGAACUCUUCUGAAGGCAGGCACAAAGCCUUCUCUACCUGUGGCUCUCACCUGACUGGGGUGGUUAUAUUCUAUGGAACACUUCUCUUCAUGUACCUGCAGCCCCAAUCUAGCCAUUCCUUUGACUCAGACAAAAUGGCCUCGGUGUUUUACACUCUGGUCAUCCCCAUGAUCAACCCUUUGAUUUAUAGUUUGAGAAACAAGGAAGUGAAAGGUGCCUUGAGAAGGCUCCUUAAAAAAAUAAUGUAA